GAGAAGCAAAUCUCUACCAGAGUCUGCUUAACCCACCCUCAACUUCCAACCUACAGAUCUAAAAAUAAAAGAACCAGAUUUAAACCCUUUUUGUAACGUUGAGGUUAGGGCCCAAAACCUCCACAUAAACGGCAAUCAUGGAAGCCAUUAUUCUAUAAUUCCGGUGAGAGUUCCCUUCCCCUUCUUGCCUUCAAUCACCCUUUUCGCUUGCUUCAGUUUCUCCUCUGCAACUAACUCGGCUAUCACGAAGAUAAAAGAGACACCUUUGGCGGCUUACCUACAUUAGUUGCUUGCACGUUCUGUUAAAGAGAGAUGUAGAGGUCUUGGAACCAGGCUUGGGGUUAUUAAUUGAGUUUCCUUUUCCAACAUUCUUCACUUCCUCGUUAAGGGAAUGGCCCUAAAGGCAUCGCUUUGAAACACUUUUUCUUGUUCUUGGGGUUUCUUUUCAUCGCUAUUUUUUUAAUGCAGGCUGGGCGCUUUCUGGAGGAUCUCGACAUGGCGAGUGAAGGAAAGGAAUUUUGUUCUUCAUUUCUCGCCAUGGAGUUUGAAGGAGUCUAAGCCUUGAACCCAUUGUUACAACCACAAUCAUACAACCUUCACCAGGGAAGCUCUACUUCUUUUUUCGCUUCAUGGAGAAAGAUUCAAUAGAGAAUGGUAUCAAACCAAAAGAAGGAUUAGAGAAGAAGUCUAGGGGUCCAAUGUUUCUUUCUAAUGCUUAUCACAAGGUCCAGUCUCGAUAUCUGAAAGCGCCGAGGAGUUCUUGUCAUGAUUUUUGCAAAUACGGUCAUAAACACGUGGUCAACGAUGAAGUAAAGCAUACUGUUUUCAGAAGGUUUAUGGCAAAUAACAUUGCCGCGGAUGCCUUGCAGAAUCAUGUGAGUGAUCUGAGUAUUGGUGAGAGGAGGAAGAGCUCAGGGUUGAAGAUGAAGGCUUCCGAUAAAGCAAAUAGCAUCGAAUCUCCAACGAAAACAAUUCCUCAGGAUUCUGUUCAGAUGAGAAGUUUGAAUUCAAACAAGAAGAAGAAGAAGAAGAAGAAGAAGAAGAAGCAAACUGUGCAACCAAAUGCUUCGCUUGUAAUGGAGCCCUCCCCAUCCAGACAAAACAAACUGAAGGCCUCUACUGCAAUUAGUUCCGGCAGUGGCCCAUCAUAUAUGAAGGAAACUAUUACAUCUUCUGCACUGAGAGUGAAGAGUGAAAAGAAGAUGGCUGUAAGGAACCUUUCUGGAUCUUCUGAAUUACAGAGUGAGAAAAAAAAUGUUUCUGUUUCUUCUAAAAAGAUUGAUAGUUGUGCAAAACCUGCAAUUUCUUUGAAAGGCAGGGUGCCAUUGGUGAGAUCUGCAGCUCAAUUGAAUGCCACUAGGAACCUGGAAGGCUCAAGAGAUUUAGACAUUAAACUCAGCAAGAGCUUCAAAAUACACAGAGUUGGGGACAGAAAAUUUAAAAAUAUAGAGAAUGCGACAAACAUAAGAUACAAAAAACAUGAUGGUGGUGUUGACUUCAAUGUGAACCUUCAGAAAAUCAUUGAAGAGAAAUGUGAGAAUGAAAUCAUGGAUGUCAAUGGUGAGAUCUUCAUCAAGGAAGGUGACGGAUGUGCAUCGGAGCCUUGUGUCAGUGAACUAUCAGAAUUCGAGGAUGCGAAUAGAAAGCAAAGCUGUGAACUUUCAGAGCAACAAGAUAAGAGAAGACUAAGAAGAACUCCAUAUGUUCAACCAGAUAAUGGUUCUUCCUUGCCUUACAAGAUGAAGUUUAAGAGAGGGAGAGUUAUCGAUAUUAGGCCAACAGAGAACGUAGGUCCCAGAAGGCUCAGAUUCAGGAGGGGAAGAGUGCUUGAUGAGAACUCUAAUGGCGAAGUUAUGAAGAGAAUCCUUAGAAGGAGAGACAAGGGUGAAAUGAAAGCUCCUGGUUCAGUAGUAACUCAUGCUAAUUCAUCAGAAGCUGGAGCUGUGAUGUUGAAGCACCAAGAUGCGCAGGAGAAGAAAGAUAUUCAAGCUCUCUUCAAUCAUGUGAUUGAAGAAACUGCAAGCAAGCUUGUGGAGACGAGGAAGAGCAAGGUGAAAGCUUUGGUGGGAGCUUUUGAGACCGUGAUCUCACUUCAGGAGAACAGAGCAGCACAGAUAGUAUGAGUUUUCAGAAGUUUAGUUGCGCCCUUUGGUUGUGUGGUGUUGAAAUGUUUGGCAGUAUUUCUACAAAAUAAAACUGUAAAAUUGCUUUAACUUGUAUGGAAUAAGGCUUUGGGAUUGUGUAAAUAAUGGCAUUAUGAGCUUUAGUUGGGCUUGUGCGCAUUUUUUUAUUGAGAUUUGCUUCACAGAUUUUGGCUUGAAGGAUUG